AGGUGUUCAAGGAAUAUAGAAGCAGAAAAUCUAACACAGGUCUUCGAGUUCCAUUUCUUGGGCUUCUCAGAGAAUUCAGACCUACAUCCCAUCUUCUUUGGACUGUUCCUGUCCAUGUACCUGGUCACCAUCCUUGGGAACCUGCUCAUCAUCCUGGCCGUCAUCUCUGACUACCAACUCCACACCCCCAUGUACAUUUUCCUCUCCAACCUGUCCUUGGCUGACAUCUGUUUCACCUCCACUACCAUCCCAAAGAUGAUUGUGGACAUCCUGAGCCACAGCAGGGUCAUCUCCUAUGUGGGCUGCCUCACACAGAUGUCUGUUUAUGUUCUUUUUGGAAGUAUGGAUGACAUGCUUCUGACUGUGAUGGCCUAUGACCGGUAUGUGGCCAUCUGUCACCCCCUGCAGUAUCCAGUCCUUAUGAAUCCUCGACACUGUGGUUUCUUAGUUGUGCUGUCUUUUUUGUUUAGCCUCUUGGACUCUCAACUCCACAAUUUGAUUGUCUUACAAUUUACCUACUUCAAGGGUGUGCUCAUUUCCAAUUUCUUCUGUAACCCUGCCCAAAUCCUUAAUCUUGGCUGUUCUGACAACUUCUCAGGUAACAUUUUAAAGUAUAUAGCUGGUGUGUUAUUUGGAUUUUUUCCUAUAUCAGGGAUAUUUUUAUCUUACUAUAAAAUUAUUUCUUCCAUUCUGAGAAUCUCAUCACCAGGAGGGAAGUUUAAAGCCUUCUCCACCUGUGGGUCUCAUCUCUCAGUUGUUUGUUUAUUUUAUGGAACAAGUAUUGGUGUGUACUUUGGUUCAUCUGUAUCACAAUCUCCGAAAAAUUGUUUGGUGGCCUCGGUCAUUUACACAUUGGUCACUCCAAUGCUAAAUCCAUUCAUCUACAGCCUGAGGAAUAGGGACAUCAAAAGUAGUUUGAGCAGGCUCCAUGGUAGAAAAUUAUAA